AUGAAAUUUAUUACACAAACAGAGAAUACCACAGUAGAAAGAGAAGAAAUAAUUAAAAGAUACAUUAUGGCAUUAAAAAAUGAUUCAGUAGAUGAACUAUUAAAUAUGAUUACACUACUCCCUGAUUCAUACUCUGAUAUAAUAAACAUGUCAAUUGAUAAUAUAAUAAGAAUAAGCAUAACCCGAAAUAACCCGGAAUUAUUUGAAUUAUUAAAAUAUAAAAUAUCUGAUACUGUAAAAAUAGAAUAUUAUACAGCCCAGUAUAAAUAUCUACUAUCAAUAUUUAUGAUUAAUAGAGUAAUAAAUAAUGGUAAUAAUCAAAGAGUACUAAUCAGGGAGAGGGAAGAUUUAAGGAACAAGUAUUAUAAAAUCAAACUAUUUCAAGUACAGGAUAUAACUAAAGAAUUAAGCAAUAAUAUAUAUAUAAUAAUAAAUUAUAUACACGGGUUAAUUAUAAGUGGGGAUAUUCAUAGGGUGAGUAUAAUUCGGGUUAUAGAGGAAGAGAUGUGCAGGAAUAAUUGGAGUACUUCUAUAAUAGGACUAAUUAAGGAGUGUGCAGAAUAUAGUGCACAUAGUGUUAUAAAUAAUGAGCUAUUAAAAAUAAUUAAUAUAGCAGAAUAUAGUACACAUUAUGUAGAAAGUAUUAGUAAUGUGCUUACAUAUAAAAAUAAUGAAUUACUUAUGAUAGAUUGUGUAAUAUAUUCUGUUAGUAAAUUUAUACUUAUAUGGGACAAGUACACAGAAGACCUGCAUAAUGAAGGAUAUUCCUUAGUUGAAGGGUGCUUGGUUUUAUUGGAUUAUAUCCCUGUGAGUAGAAUUAGCCAUGAAAUAAUUAAUGAGUUAUUACUUAAUGAUAAUAGUAUACUAAAUAUUAAUUAUGAUACAAUGUGUAAUAAUACGUGUAUAAGGAUUAAACCGGUAAUAGAAAGACUUAAAAAGAAAUUCAUUAAAGUGAUUUAUGAAAAUUUUGAUAUAUCAAAAAAUAUCUUAAUUAAAAAAGUAACAAAAAUUCAUAAAAACACAAAAAAUAACAAAAUUUUAAUAACGGAUGAAAAUAUUUUAAAAAUAGAGAAUAUCUUAAUUAAGUACUUAAUUAACCAAGCAAAUGAGAAUGAUUUGGCAGAUGUACUCAUAGACCAAGGAUUCUUAGACAUAAGAAUAUCCCCGUUAUACUUUAGAGUGCUAGAAAAGAGCUGCUUAUCAGGCGAUGCAAGUAUUACACUAUUCUGUCUGUCCGUUAUUAAAUGUAGAUAUAUAGAUGGGAUAAUUGAUGUAAUUCAGGGAAGUACGCCCGUUAUACAAUCAUAUUAUUUAUCAAAAAUUUUACAUUUUAAAAAUUUUACAAAAACAGAAAAAACCGUUAUUUUUGAAAGUAUAAAAAAUAAUUUACAUAAAGAAUUCUUCACAUUUAAUGAUGCAAUGUAUUUAUUAAGCAUAUCAUCAGGAGAGAAUCACUUGAACUUCUUUAGCUACUUUAUUAAACCAAAAGAGAUCAUCUCUAGACAUAAUAUAAUACUACCAGAUGGUACAAGACUUUUUACAUCUAGUAGUAUAUUUAACAGAUCAAUUGAAAUAAUUAAAAAAUAUUUUAAGAAUCCAAAAAUAAAAAUGUACUUAAAAAGUAUUUUAGAUAUAAAUCCAUUAUAUCAUAAGAUAUUUAAUAUAUUUAAGUAUAAAAAGGACUAUAAGUAUAAUAUAGUAAUAGAUCCAUUUGAUACAGAAAAUAUUACACAAUAUAUCAAAAGUAUGAGUAUGUCUAUUAUGAGCAAGUCAGAAAAAUUAAAAAUAAUUCAAAUUUAUGAAAUUUGUAAGAAAAUUUCAGGUUUGUUUAUUAUUUGUUUUUAUAAUAUUGAAAAAAUGAAAAAUUUUGAUAAUUUAAAAAUUAUUUAUAACGAUAUUUUAUCAGUAUAUUUAUUUUAUGAAGAAAUCAAGAAGCAAAAGAAGUCCAGGAGUAAAAUUCUACCAUCUGUUGUAGAAGACUGUUUUAUUCUUAAGAAGGCUAUGCUAUUCAUUAGGAAGAAGUGUAAAAUAUAUCCAGUAAAAAAUUUGUUAAUUAAUAACAAAGACCUGAAUUCAUUAACAGAAUUAAAUACACAAUGUGUAAAUAAUAAUGACUCAUACGCAGAAUACCGUUAUUUUUUACUAUACGAUAUGUGGAGGAUAUUCACAGGAGGAUCACAAGUAAGUACGGCCACCAUAGACGUACUAAGAUACGCAGCAGAGUGUAUAGACCAAUUAUCACAGCAGGAAUAUAAUUAUUUAGUAAAAAUCCGUAUAAAGACAUUAAAUAAGCCCAUCUGGGAGAAUAUUCUAUUUGAAUGUACAGAAAGUGAAAGAGUUUCAAUUUUAAAGGGGGUCAGUGAGGAUGAGAUUUAUUCUAAGUAUAUAACGUAUAUUUUGAAUAUUUCAGGUGAUUUGUCAUUGUUUUUAUUUGAAAUUUUAAAAGAUAAAAAUUUUAUAACGGAAAAUGAAAAAGAUGAAAUUUUUGAUAAAAUAUUUUUUGAUAAAAAUGGAGAAAUAAUUUAUUCCUUUAACUGCUGGAUUCCUGGGGUAUCUUUAUUACAGCGGAAAGAGUAUUUUGAGUGUUUAUUUGAGUACUUAAAGGAAGAAGAUCCUGUUUUAUUAGAAGACGUGAAGGCAUCCCUUAGGAAGCAAAAAUUUAUAGUAUAA